AUGGCCCAAGUUCGGGAAACUUCCUUGUCUUCCAGCUCUUUGGUCCGCUAGAGCUCGGGCGGUGGGGGAGGAGCCUCGCCCGAGGAGGCGGCUGAAAAGGCGGGGAAAAUGGAGAAGGAGGCGGUGGGGGAGGCAAAGAUGUGUUCAGGCCAGGGAGCUGAGGAGGUGAAGCUGGAGCCUUUACAAGAGGGUAAGCCUGCUUCGGAGGAGAACUUGACGUGGAGUGACAGCGGCGGCGAUAAGGAGGUGCUCCCUUCAACCCCACCUUGCUGUUACAGCAGCUCUUCGCCCCUUUGCCCGCGCCGCAAGCCCCGCCCUCGGCCCCAGCCCCGGGUCCGGGUCCGAGCCCUGCCCGGGCCCUCGGCCCCACCCCAGCCUCCAGCCCAUCCUCCCCCUCAGCUUCUGACCCGGCCCCAGUCCUGGCGCAGAUCGCGGCGUAGAUCCCGGCCUGGGUCUAGGCCCCAGAAGCUGCAAAGCUGUUCUCCUGACCUAGGUGGCUCUGCGGAUCGAGGUGGCCUAGGGGACUGGUUGCUGGAGGUGGAGUUUGAUCAGGGUCCUACAGGCUGCUCUCAUGUGGAGAGCUUUAAAGUGGCUAAGAACUGGAGGAAGAACCUGCGGUUGAUCUACCAGCGUUUCGUUUGGAGUGGGACCCCAGAAACUAGGAAACGUAAGGCAAAGUCGUGCUUCUGUCAUGUAUGUAGUACCCAUAUGAACAGACUCCACUCUUGUCUCUCCUGUGUCUUUUUUGGCUGCUUUACUGAGAAACAUAUUCACAAACAUGCAGAAACAAAACAGCAUAAUUUAGCUGUAGACCUCUAUCAUGGGGUUAUAUAUUGCUUUAUGUGUAAGGAUUAUGUAUAUGACAAAGACAUAGAACAGAUUGCCAAAGAAACAAAAGAGAAAAUUCUGAAAUUACUAACUUCCAUCUCAACAGAUGUUUCUCAACAACAGUGUAUGACAUCAGGUGUUGAAGAGAAACAUUCAACCUGUGAGUCAAAGGAACAGGAGCCAAAAUUGGUGAAACCCAAGAAAAAGAGGAGGAAAAAGUCAGUCUGUACUGUAGGCCUGAGAGGGCUAAUCAAUCUUGGGAACACGUGCUUUAUGAAUUGCAUUGUCCAGGCACUUACCCAUAUUCCUUUAUUGAAAGAUUUCUUUCUCUCUGACAAGCAUAAAUGUGUAAUGACAAGCCCCAGCUUGUGUCUUGUCUGUGAAAUGUCUUCUCUUUUUCAUGCAAUGUACUCUGGGAGCCGAACUCCUCACAUUCCUUAUAAGUUAUUGCAUCUAAUAUGGAUUCAUGCAGAACACUUAGCAGGAUAUAGGCAGCAGGAUGCCCAUGAGUUCCUUAUCGCAAUAUUAGAUGUGCUGCAUAGACACAGCAAAGAUGAUAGUGUUGGGCAGGAGGCCAAUAACCCCAACUGCUGUAACUGCAUCAUAGACCAAAUCUUUACAGGUGGCUUGCAGUCAGAUGUCACAUGUCAAGCUUGCCAUAGUGUCUCUACCACAAUAGACCCAUGCUGGGACAUCAGUUUGGACUUGCCUGGCUCUUGUGCCACAUUCAGUUCCCAGAGUCCAGAGGGAGCUGACAGCACAGUGAGUAGGGAUGACCACAUACCAGGUAUUCCCUCACUCACAGAUUGCCUACAGUGGUUUACAAGGCCAGAGUACCUAGGAAGCAGUGCCAAAAUCAAAUGCAGUAGUUGCCAAAGCUAUCAGGAAUCUACCAAACAACUCACGAUGAAGAAAUUACCUAUCGUGGCCUGUUUUCAUCUCAAGCGAUUUGAACAUGUAGGUAAACAGAGGCGAAAGAUUAAUACUUUUAUCUCCUUUCCCUUGGAGCUGGAUAUGACUCCAUUUUUGGCCUCCACUAAGGACAGCAGAAUGAAGGAAGACCAGCCACCAACAGAUUGUACACCCAAUGAGAAUAAGUAUUCCUUGUUUGCAGUGAUUAAUCACCAUGGAACUUUGGAAAGUGGACACUAUACCAGCUUUAUCCGGCAACAAAAGGACCAAUGGUUUAGCUGUGAUGAUGCCAUCAUCACCAAGGCUACCAUUGAGGACUUACUCUACAGUGAAGGGUAUUUACUGUUCUAUCACAAACAGGGUCUAGAGAAAGAAUAG